GGCGACGCAGCCGCGGUCUGAGAGACCCGGUUCACGUGUAGGCAGCGGCGGAUUAGAUUCCUUCAUCUACCAUGGCUCAGCCGGGAACUCUGAACCUCAAUAACGAGGUUGUGAAGAUGAGAAAAGAAGUGAAGAGAAUUCGAGUUUUAGUUAUCCGAAAACUUGUCAGGAGUGUUGGCCGACUGAAGUCAAAAAAGGGUACUGAAGAUGCACUGUUAAAAAACCAAAGACGGGUGCAACGAUUGCUUGAAGAAAUCCAUGCCAUGAAGGAAUUGAAACCUGAUAUAGUAACUAAAUCUGCUCUUGGUGAUGAUAUCAACUUUGAAAAAAUCUGCAAAAAGCCAGAUUCUACUGCAACUGAAAGAGCAAUUGCCAGACUAGCAGUACAUCCUCUUCUGAAGAAAAAGAUAGAUGUGCUAAAAGCUGCUGUCCAAGCCUUUAAAGAAGCAAGACAAAAUGUUGUUGAAGUUGAGUCAUCAAAGAAUGCUUCAGAGGACAAUCAUUCUAAGAAUACUUUGUAUUCAAAUGAUAAUGGAAGUAAUUUACAGCAUGAAGGAACUAUCAUCAGUGAGCAAAAAGUCAAAGAAACCAAAAUAUUGGCGAAGAAACCAAUACAUAAUUCAAAAGAAAAAAUAGCCAAGAUGGAACAUGGACCUAAAGCAGUGACUGUUGCAAAUUCUCCAUCAAAGCCUUCAGAAAAGGAUUCUGUAAUUUCCCUUGAGUCCCAGAAGACACCUGCUGACCCAAAACUGAAAACACUAAGUCAAACCAAAAAAAACAAAGGAUCUGAUAGCUCACUCUCUGGUAACAGUGAUGGUGGAGAAUUAUGUGAAGAGGAGAAGGAAUAUUUUGAUGAUAGCACAGAAGAAAGGUUUUACAAGCAGUCUUCCAUGUCUGAAGAUAGUGAUAGUGGUGACGACUUCUUCAUUGGGAAAGUCAGACAGACACGAAAGAAGGAAAGUUGUCAUUCUUCAGUUAAGGAACAAAAACCACUCGAAAAAGUGUUUCUUAAAGAAGAUCAAGGUGAAACUCAUGGGGAUACAAGAAAUGACAAAACCAAGCCAAGUACAGAAACCAGAAAGUUAGAAUCAGCGUUUUUCCACUCUUUAUCUGGAUCUAAAAGCUCUAGAAGAAAUUACAAAGAACAGGCUCCAAAAACAAGAUCCCUAGAUUUUCCACAGAAUGAGCCUCAGAUCAAGAAUCAGUUUAAUAAGAAGCUAUCAAGAAGACUUGAAAGUACAAAACAGCAAUUGCAGCUGCCUCUUCAUCCUUCAUGGGAAGCAAGCAGAAGGCGAAAAGAACAGCAAUCUAAUAUUGCUGUGUUUCAGGGGAAAAAAAUUACGUUUGAUGAUUGAUUAGUGCCUCUUUCUGCGAAC